AUGGAGGCUGAUACGCACACAAAUACUUCGGAAGAACAGCGUGAACCUGAAUGGGUACUAGCCCUUGAAGCUUUAAAGGGCAAAGUGCCACAACCUCCCAGGCAUAAUGGAAUGAUUGUGCAGUAUUUCACUAUCAGUGCUGGAGAGGAAAUUAAAGGAAAAAUAUUGUCGUAUGCUGGGGAACUCAAGAAUUGUCCAUUGUUUGAAGGCAUCUCACUCAGGGGCAACAUUUUGACCGCAACAGGCCAAAUCUCCCGGCCCACAAUUAAUAUUCAAGGAUCAGAUACAUCAUUCGAGGGAUCAUACGAAGUCAUCAAACUUUUGGGCAUUUACUCAAUUCCAAACGAGGGUGUUGUGGAGUUUAUUGAUAAUCUAGUGUUAACUUUUUCUGUGGUUGGUGGUGUUGUUUACGGUGGUCCUGUGAUGGGUGAAUUAAUUGCACACAGUCCUAUUCAGGUUGUGCUGGGCAGUUAUGUAUGCGACAAUACAGAGUAG